GGUAUUUACAGUAUGAAGGUAGCAUUAUUGGGAUAGGUGUUAUAAAAAAGAAGAAUUUGACUUCUGUCAAUGUCAGCACGAUAUAAAAUUCGAAAUAAAUCAAAUUAGAUAAAGAAAGAAAACUUCGUAAAAAUGUAAAAAGAAUACUGUGAGUUCGGUGAGCACUAGUCUCAUCAUCUGCAUUAAUUUUAGGUCGUAAAGUCAUCUAAUUUAUGCUGCCAUAGCUUGAUAUCUGUUUACCCUACUGCUUCAAAUUCUACAACAGGACCCAAAAAACAUAAAUGUAAUUACGAAAGUGAUAACUAAUUUGAUAUUGUAUUUGAAUCAUGGACCCCGAAACAUCUUCAAAGAAAACAAAUGAAAAAGCAUCCGAUAAAGCAGAACUUAUAUCGUUAUGCUCUUGUAAUGGAUGUGAAACAUUGCGUUGUUAUUUAACAAAACAACCGACGAAUAAUACAGAUGAUGAAGAGCAAUUCUCAAAAACUUGCAUUUAUUUUACUAAUAUAACUAUUAAAAAUAGUCGUAGUAACACGGAUACGACAAAUUCAACAAAUAAAAGAUCGUGUGAAAUUUGCAGAAAAGAAAGUGAGCUUAAGAAUAAAGAAAAUUUAAAUAAGUGUGAUUCCCUACCUAAAACGAAUAAAAAAAAUACAGCAUGUAAAAUUUGCAAAAGAAAUAUUCAGAGUACCGGGUCAAAAGAGAAUGCGACCAAUUCGGUACGUGAAAUUUGGGAAAAAAAUAUACAAGAUAUCGGUGAUGUGAUUGCCCGGAAAUACAAACCGACAAAAAUAGGACAUGUAAUAUAUCUUACUGGCGAGGGAAGUAAUAACAACGAUACUGGUAAAAGUGACAAUGUACCUGAUUUGAACGAAAAGGAAUCUGAGUACAAUGAACGAAAUACUGCACAUGGAUUUGGUUUAAAAAAAAAUAACCAGGUGGAUAAUCAGCCUGUACCACCAGAUAGAAUAGAUAAACUUAUAUCUGAGUGGGAAACUUGCAGACAACAUAUCAUGAACGAUUUGGCUAGUAAUAAGUCUACAAAUUUAGACACAAAAAGAUCUGUGUGUGAUAUGUGUUUAAGAAAUAUUUAUAAAUUAAACAAUGAUGUCGACAUAUUUAAUAAAGAAUUAGUUGGAGAAGCUUUAAGAUUUAAUAAUUUUAUCAAUAGCGCAGCUGAGUUCAACAUUACAUUGCCAGAAAAUAAACCAACGUGCCCUAGUGAUAUCCAAAUCAAGUGCAGUACUUGUGCCUUAAAAAAUAAUACGAUACCAAAAAAAAAAUUGGUUGAUACAAAAACUUCUCACAAACAAGAUUUUCAUUGUAAAGGAGAGACUUACGGGACAAAUAAUAUAUUGACAGAAAUAAAUAAACAAUCUGAUUGCAAAAUGUGCGGACAAUAUCACAAUAAACCGAAACAAAUUGAAAAAACUGAUACUAGAAAAUUAAAACCAUCAGAUACCAUUGAUAAUGAAUCUAAAAAAGAAAAACUUAGCACAAGAUCAUUUUGCAAGCAUUGUAGUAGAGAUAUCAAAACAAAUAAAAUAGAUACUACAAAUAAUGCACCUAAAGUGCCUCAAGUAACUGCUGAGGUAAAACAAAAGUAUACUGCUAAUUGUGCAAGAAAGAAUGAAACUUAUAGUAAGGCGUCACCUACAAACUCAAAGUUUAGUAACUUUGAAAUAUAUGGUGUGACAGAUGGUGCAGGAAAAAAAAGGUGUCAUAAAACAAACAAUGAGAAAGGUACCAGAUCAAAGUCCAAAGAAUUAAAUAAUGGUUGUUAUACAAGAUUUCCUAAGGAUAAAGCACCAAGUACUUGUAGAAAUUCUUUUAUAUUAUGUACUUGCAAAAAUCAUGACAACUUUAAUCAAGCUAAUUUAGCACGUGAAUCACGAAUUAUAAAUGUUCAUAAUGCGACAGUAAAUUACAGAAAUAAAGACUUAAACCCAAGUGCUGCAAAGUUAAGUGCACAAAUUAUGAAUGUACCUUACGAAGAUUUUCAGGAAUCUUUUAAUAAUGUACGUCAGGAUAAUGUCAUCACGAAAACUAAAUUAAAAAAUAAUUUAUCAGAAGAAAUAAUUAAACGUAUCAAAGACGUAUAUAAGGCUUGUAGUUGUAAAAUUUGUGAAUGCAUUGCGGGUAAAUCUUUUAAGUUAGAUGAAUGCAAUUGUAAACCAUGCAAUUGUGAUGAUUGUAAGUCAUAUAAAAACGCCGAGCUUUUUGCUGAAUUACACGAUGAAUCUAAACUAAGCUGCACCAUCAAUAAUUGCCCCGCAGAAGUAUGCUUUAGUACAAGAAAAAUGCAGAGCCAAUAUUGCGAAUGUACACCUUGUGAUUGUAUUAAAUGUGUACCGACAAGAACUUUUAUUGCAGCUAGGGCUUUAGAAAAUCGCCAAGCGAACAAUUGUUCUUGUACUCCAUGUCGUUGCUCUGAAUGUGAACGAAAUUUUUUUUCAUUAUCAACGCAUGUAACACGUGAGAUGUCGACGGGUAUGAUAAGAAAUUGUGGUUGCGAUCAGUGUUUGGAUCAACGUUGUAGAGGGGCGGGUGGUACAGAAGACUGUCGUUGUGAAAUGCCAAGUAAAGCCAUAUUCAAACCAGUUGAUAAAGACUCGCAUGAAUUUGAUAUACGUCACGCCUCAGUUUGUCAUCAAAGAAACAUGAAGAAAAGAGAUAUGUUCGAUACAAUAGCAAUGUACGCUUCAGUUUCAUCAAAUUUUGCUCCAUUGGGAACUCUAAAAGAAGCGUGUAGUUGUGAAAAUUGCGAGUGUUUUGCUUGCAAAAACGAAGAUGACAAACUGUCAAUAGAAACUAUUUUAAAACCUCAAUUAGAAUUGCACGCGCAACCUAUUAAGACAAAUAACUGUGUUUGUAAAUCUUGCGAAUGCGAUAUUUGUUCUCAUAAUAUAACAGAGUGUGAUAUAGGAUAUCAAGAUGCAGAAUGCACUUGUACUGAAUGUGAUUGCAUUAAUUGUCAAACUAUGGCUAAGUCGUCUACGAAUAUGAAAUUAGGCAAUAUUGUUAAACCUAUGGGUAAAAUAUAUUACAAGAAAAGCUACAGUAGUGGAUCUCAAGAAUGUGAUGAUUUCGGCUUUGAAACUAAUAAGAGUCUACGUAUUCCCGGUAAUAAACAUGGCCAAGGCCACCAUGUUUGCAUGAGUGCUACUUUAGAUAAGAAUUGCCUUAUGAAGAACAAUAAUUAUGACACUCUACAUUAUGGUUAUAACAAUUUACAUGUUGAACAGUAUCAGAAUAAGAACUCGGACACAUUUUUGUUGACUAAAACAUUUUGUAAUUUGCGAAAUACAGAUAAUAACCAAUGUCCUGCGAGGGGCACUUAUAUGUGCCACAAAAAUACCCAUGACGAUAUUUCUAAAAAAAUUAAGCAAUAUAACAAAAUUUUAAAUAACUUUAAUUUCACUGAUAAAGACGAUGUAGUCAAAUGUAAUGAACAGUUUCAGACAGAUGUAGAUAAGAUAACGAAUAAACAUCAUAGGUAUGACAGAGAUUCUGUAUAUUCCUUGUUUGGUACAACCAAAAUUAAAGGAGAACAUGAAAUAGAUAUAUCACAAGUUCCCCUGUCAAAUUAUAAAUCAAAUUGUUCUAAAACCACAUCACAUUCAUGUUUGAAAGAUAUAUUCACAAAUAACGAAGACUUCAAUUUGCACCCUUUUAAGAUAGUACACGAUAAUCUGAAUAGAUCACAAGCAAUAUAUCCGACACAAAGUUCUGAAUCUGAUGAAGUUUGUGAUAAUGGACAAAAAAUUAGACCAUUAUCAAGUUUACAUAAAAGUCUGUACGAAAAUAAAUUCGAGAAUGAACAAAUAUCCAUGUUUGAAAAUAAUACGAAAGAUUUAAACUGGAAUAUUUCAAGUAAUGAUAAAUUGAAUUUAUCAAAUGAACAAAUUGAUUAUGAACGAGUUCACAAGACUCUCAAGGAAGCUAAAGAUUUUUCCGGACAAUUGAUAAAACUAUUAGAAAAAUAUGAAAGAGCAAAUAAAGAUUUUCAAAGUGUUUCUGAAAAACUAAAACUAUCACACGGGUUAAAUAUUCGCAGCAAAUUAGGUACGGUUGAGUUUGAAUUUGUUGUAAUUGACAAACCAAUCAAUGAUCAUGGUACAUUUCAAUAUACAGAUAAUGGAAAUAAUAAAGAAAAUGAUCAUAAAAAUCACACUAAAACGAAUUUAUACAAAUAUCAAGUACCAAUUGAUGAACUACCAGAUCUUUCUGGCUUAAAAUCAACAAACGACAGUAAUAUUGAAAUGUCAAAUGAAGUGGGUAAAGUACAAAACGAUCUAGGUUAUUUAAGAACUACGGAAUCAAAAGAAUUUUCAGAAUUAAACCAAAAACCCGCAGAAUAUUCAUUUUUAACAAAAGAAAGAGUAAUUGCAAACGCUCAAACUUUAGUGCAAGUAAAACUAAAUAAAAAUAUAAUACAACCAAUACAAAAAAAUGUAAUUAUCCAGAGUAAAACUUCGAAGCAUGAAGAAAACAAUAAUACUAAUCAAUUAAACGGGCUAAAUGAGAUUACUUCACCGGACCUGGCAUUAGAUAAUUGUACCGAAUUUGCAAAUAGCACAGAAAAUAAAAUAGACAAUUUGACAAGCCAGUUAUCACAGAUGAUCAAGGAGAAUGUAUUAAAAAAAUGCGAGGAAAUGCUUUCGAGAGAUUUUAAAACAUACGACAGAUCUGUUAGCGUAUCUAGCAUUUUCGACGUUCUUAAAUCACAAGAAAAUAUAAUAAUGGAAUAUAAAGACUGGUCAGUCAGCAAGAAAAACUAUUAUUUAAAUAAUAGUCACAUCAGAGACACAUUCACUUCGCCAAUUUUCGAAGUAGUGCCAAAAUUAGAAACUCAAUCAACUUCAGCUCAGACAUCUGUAAAGAAAUAUAUUGAUAAAACAUAUGUUAAGGUGAUUAACGUUAAAUCAGCUUCAUCCUCGCCUCGAAAUAAAACUACACAAGUGGAAAAAGAAAGUGACACUAACUGCGGUAUCACGAUGAACAAAAUUAUUUGUAUAAAUAAUGACCAAGAAAAAUCACCGAACAAUGCACUAAAGAGCAAGACCGAAGUCAGACAGCAACCACACGUGAACGUGGCGCAUUGCAGUCGAGUUUGCGAGUUAACCAGAUCAAAAUGCAGCUGUGAAGACUUGAAAGUGUGCUCACUCAGCGGUCGCAGGGUGUCGGACCAUACAGUUAUGGUGAAAUGGGGCAGACCUAAACAAAUGGAUGGCGUACUGGGUUAUGAGUUGCUGGUAGAUGGCCGACCCGUACAGAAAAUCAUUGAUUCUACUAGGUACAUGGCGGUGGUGACCUGCCUGCCCAACUGCGAGAAGGUUCUAUUGACCAUGCGCACGAUACUGGACGCUCCACUGCGCUCAGGCCAUAAGCCUACUGUCACCAUCAUCUACCGUCCGCGCUUGAGGAAAACUAAAAAUAAUGAAACCGCUAUUAUACAAGAAACUAAUUAAAUCAUGGAAAGUG